UAAUAUUACUAAUUUAACAGGUGUAAUAACGAUAGUUUUAAAUAACUUGUAAAUAAGAAUGGAUGUUCUGACGAGACCAGCAGAGGAAUUCGGUAACGAUGAAACCCUAGAACAUUUAUGGGCUGCUAGAGCUAUGGAACACAGCGAUAUUUAUUUUAAUGUUUUAUGUUCAGUAGAUACCCGAUGGCUAAAAUUGACCCCACACGAUGAUCUUAUUUAUACACACUUCAGGCAAGAUUUUCCAGAUUUAGAUGUUGCUUACAUUAAGGAGAAUGAAAUAAAAAAUAACGUUAAUAAAGCCAAGUGGAGAGCAUACUGCGAAAAGUUUAAAACUAUUGUUGAGGAUUACAGUUUUGGUACAUUGAUGAGAGCAGAUACAAAUGGUGAUUACUCUGAAUCAAACACAAUUUUAGUUCCACGUGUCCAAUUUUAUGCUAUAGAAAUAGCAAGAAAUCGUGAAGGCUUGAACAAUGAAGUUAAAAAACUAUUCAAAUGUGCAUCCAAAGCUAAUAUGGAGGAACGUAAUCAUCAAACUGAAAUAAUGGCAUAGAUAUUAAAGUCUUCAGACGACAUAAUUAUUACACAGCCAUCCCUAAGGCAGAAAGAACUAUGGAGAUGCAAUUCUGAUUGAUAAAGUUGGAAACUUUUAUAUUUAUUGUAACAGACAUGAAAUACAAAUAUAUUAAUCAAAUGUAACAAUAUGAAUAUUCAAUAAAAUAUAUUAGUCCAUAACUUUACUGUAACCUGCAGUAUUAUUAUAUCUAACAUAUAGUAGAAAAAAAUAUUGUUACUUAACUGCUACCUAAAAUAUUUCUCUGUAGUUGAGUUCUAAAUAUUCCAUAUUAAGUUCAUAAAAUGUUGUAAUUUAAAGUCAUAUAUUUGUGAAACUAUGUAAGCUCAUGUAUAUAAUGUGAAUUUAAUAUGCAUAUCUACACCAACAAAAAUCUGGAGGGUUUGAUUUGUUCUAUGUAUACUUGCCUUAACCUUAUUAAUGGAUUUUAAAGGCUACAAAAAUGAAUGAGGUGCUCAAUUACUCAAACAUUUUUAAGACUUUUUUUAAAAUAAAUUUUGUAUAGCA